AUGAAUGAGGGCAACAAUCACGACUAUGUGCUGAUUACAGCAGCUUCUCCACAAUCGGAAUACUCAGAAAGAGAAAGUUCCUCACUUCUCCGCUCCGAAAAUGUUGAUUUCAUUCAACCAUUUCCAACGAAUUCUCCGAUUCGAGUAAUUGGAUAUUAUAACGAAUUCGACGAUAUACGGAAAAGUCAACUUUCAAAACUGACUCAUGCAAUCGUAGCUUGUGUUACAAUGAAUUCUGAAGGAGAACUUCAUUUCAAAAAUGAUAUUGCUCAGCGGGAGUUCUUGAGUACAAUAAAUAAAUCAAAGCGAAUGGAAAACAAAUUGAAAGUCAUGAUUUCUAUCGGUGGCUACGACAACUCGGAACACUUUUCAACGGUUAUGGAAAGUUCGAGAAAUAAAUUCGUGGACUCAAUUGUUUCAUUCAUCACAGAACAUCAAAUAGAUGGAGUCAACAUAUUCUGGGAAAAACCAGCUGAAUCUAAGUUUCGUUAUUCAGAAUUUCUGGCGACACUAAGCGAGAAACUGUCUGAACAAGUAAGGACAGACGACAAGCAGUACGUGAUAUCUAUCGUGGUUCCACGACGAAGAUUAAGUGGUUGGGGAAGUGGAUUUGAUCUGGAUAGCAUAAUUGAUAACGUCGACUUUAUAAAUGUUCUCUCAAUGAAUUACUACGGACCAUUGCCAGAUGAAUGGGGACAUAAAGUUUGGCCAUCAGCUCCGUUAUUCUGCGAAAACGAUCGUCCAAAAGAAUUCAGCGUGGAUUAUACAAUGAGAUACUAUAUUGAGGAAACCAGACAACCUGGAAAGUUUAAUCUCGUUAUCCCAUUUUACGUAAGAUUGUGGAAAAAUGUUGGAGAGAAACUGAAAGAGAGCGAAGUAUAUCGAGAUGUGGAACUGAAAGUUGGAAAAGUGGAAGGAGAACCGAAUAUGGCUCGAAGGAUUGCUGAGCAAGAAGGAUGGAAAUUAACACCUGCAUCUUGGGAUGAAAAGACAAAGACAUCCUAUAUAUACAAUUCUGAAGCGAAGACUUUUUUGACUUUUGAAGAUGAGAGAAGCUUGGCUCAAAAGAUGCAAUAUGUGAAUGAGAGGAAUCUGGGAGGCGUGUGGAUUUGGUCUGUUCACACAGAUGAUGAAGAUGGUACACUUUUGAAUUCAUUGGUUAAGAACAACCGUUUUAGUCAAGUGGGGGAUAAUAACUACACAGGGUCCCAGCCAAACAGCUCAACAUCAAAGCGUGAUACUUCUCCCAAACAACUAGCAUGUGAAAAGCGAGUAGUCGGAUACUACACUGAAUUCGAGUCAGUCGAUAUCACGAAACAUCAAAUAUCGAAACUCACUCAUGCAGUUUUCGCAUAUGUGGAAAUGACUCAUGAAGGAGCAUUGAGAUUCAAGAACGAAACUGCAAAGGAUAGAUUUAUGAGAUUGAAGAAUGAAUCAAGAAGUGUAAAAUCAAAUGUAAAAGUGAUGGUCUCGAUCGGUGGACAAGAGAAUUCGCAGCAUUUUUCAUCGGUAACAGAAGACUCGGAAAAGAAAGCAGUUUUCAUCAAUUCAAUCGUGUCAUUUCUGAAAGAACACAAGAUAGAUGGAAUCGAUUUGUACUGGAAGGGUGCUACACAAAACGACAAAUGGAAAUAUAUCGAGUUCGUUCGAGAACUGCGCCAAAAAUUAAACGGAACUGAAAACAAGCCGUAUCUGAUUUCUUUGACUCUACCUGCACCAAAUAUUGAAAACUGGGAAAUGGCAUACGAUUUGGAAGAAUCAUUGGAUGACGUGGAUUUCUUCAAUGUGUACGCAAUGGAUUAUCAUGGACCAUGGGAUAACCAAUGGGGUACUCCAGCUGGGCCAAUUGCUCCAUUAUAUUCUACUCUCGACAGCAGAAAGCAGUUUAGUGUUGACUCUACUAUGAAAUAUUUCGUAUGCAAAACGAAACAGCCAAGCAGAUUCAACAUUGUCAUUCCCUUCUUCGCAAGAUUAUGGAGAAAUGUGAAAGAAGCUGUCGAGCCAGGACAAGAAAUCAUCAGAAGAGCAGAAUUGACUAACAACAAAGCAGUUGGAAAUCCGUAUAUGUCAAGAUGGACUGUAGCAGAUCAAAAGUGGGAAUUAACACCUGCAACGUGGGAUGAAGAAUCAAAGUCUUCUUACAUUUACAACCCACACACCAAAAAUUAUUUAACUUUUGAAGACGAAAAAAGCAUUUCCGCGAAAAUUGAUUAUGUGAACAAGUCUAAUUUGGGCGGCGUUUGGAUUUGGACAAUUGAUAUGGAUGACGAUAAGAACUCGCUCAUCAAUAUGGUGAAACAUCAACGAUGA